GGUGCGCCUCGGGCCGCCCGUCAUGGAGCUGAGAUAUCGCUGUCCGGCCUCGAGACUUUCGUGGAGCUUCGCAGGGAGGUUGGCAGCGCGUCGGAGGCCCAUGGCUACCAGCGCAUGCUCGACGCCCGCAAGCCGCCCGCCAAGUCGUACGAGCCCUUCGAGGAACAGGUUCUCGAGGACUGGAAGGCGAAGGGCUCCGCGCAGGAGGCCCUCGUCCUCGCGAUGCACGAGGAGCUGGAUCUGCCGUGCCCGGCCCGCUCUGGGCUGUCCACCAGAGUCGCGAGCGUCGCGGCGGAGGGUCGGGUCAAGGGCGAGAGUUGCCGGCCGUCGGUCGCCUUGGCCGACCUCCCGGAGGGCAAGGUGGCCUGCUUCGACAUGGACAUGGGCGACUUGCUCGACCGGGGCCCCGAUGGCGGCAUGGAGGCGGCUGACCUUGCGACGGCCUCCGAGCGGAAGGCGUUGCUCAGUGGCAGCAUCCGCGACGCGACUAAGAACUUCAUCGCCAAGGCGGUGGGCUCGGCCAAGCGGGCGAAGAUCGAGCACCAAGCUCCACGGAUGCGCGAGGCGACCAGGAAGAGGGGCGUCGGAGAAGAGGGCGCUGCAGCUGAAG